GCAGAGGUCGUUAAAAACAAAGAUGCGCUCACUUUCAGUUUGCGUGUGUGUGUGUGUGUGUGUGUGUGUGUGUACGUGCCAAUAAACGCGUCUACUUCACGAUAUAAGAGCGACACAGUCAGAAUGAUGCUCCAGAAUCUCCAGCGAAACUUCAGCAGUUUUUUAGGAAACUUCAGUGUAGCAGGUGAAAGAUGUACGGAGGAUUUCUCCAGCUGCUCAAGAAGAGGAAGGAGCUGAUUCCUUUGAUAGGGUUUGUGGGAUGUGCAGCUCUUGGAGCAGCAGCAGCUUCGGUUUACUUCUUACUGACCAAACCAGAUGUGAUUUUAAACAAGACGAGGAACCCGGAGCCUUGGGAGACAUUAGAUCCAUCAAGACCACAGAAGCUCUUAACUAUUAACCAGCAGUGGAAGCCAGUGGAGGAGCUGGAGCUGCUGAAGAAACUGACCAAAUGAUGGCCCUCUCUUCUGAACGUCUUUGUUCAUUUUAUGGGAUGCUGGCUCUGCUAUCUCAACUCAAUGUACUUUAAGCUCUGUGCCUUUAACUGUGAAGAUCGCCUGUAAACUGGAUGUGAACUUAAAUAAAAUGAUGACGUGAAUUAAAAGUGAA